CUAUCGAUAGUUGCGAUAGCCAGCGACCAAUCGAUUCCAACUGGCAUUUGCUCUUCGCCGGCCAAGGUCACACUGCACCCGGAUUGUUUUUGUUGUGUUGUGGCUGCGCUUAUAAAUUGCUGGAUAUUUCCAUAUUAGUGCUCAUUUUUUGUUGUUCCCGCAAGCGUAUUUGUCGUUUUCCCCGUUUAACUCCAUCGACUCCCGGAGCAGAGGGUCCGCACUUUGACAACGACGCAAUUGUGAUUUGGCAAUGUUUUUGCUGACUGUUUUUGCAUUACUCUGACCUAUCGACGUGCAACAACAACAAGUAACUAGCGAACGGUAAAAAUGCAGCAACUGCAAUUUGCUCUGCUGACGUCGCUGCUCCUGCUGCUGCUUCUUCCGGGAAUUAGGAGCACUGCCACCGCCCAGGAGCAGGAGGUCAACAUUGUGCACUAUCAGCCGGAGCAAGUGCAUCUGGCCUUUGGAGAACGCACCGAUAGCGAGAUAGUCGUCACUUGGUCCACGCGCAGCCUGCCGCCGGAUCAGGAAGUGGGUGCGGUCAGCGUGGUGGAGUACGGUCAACCGGUAGACGGACAGGUCAGGCUCACACAACAGGCCCGGGGAACGGCCACUAGAUUCGUGGACGGCGGUCACAAGCAGGCCACGCAGUUCAUCCACAGGGUGACGCUUAGGGACCUGGAGCCAAAUGCCACGUACUCCUACCAUUGCGGUAGCGAUUUUGGCUGGUCGGCAAUCUUCCAGUUUCGCACAGUGCCCUCCGCCGCCGUUGACUGGUCGCCAUCGCUGGCUAUCUACGGGGAUAUGGGCAAUGAGAAUGCCCAAUCCCUGGCCCGAUUGCAGCAGGAGACGCAGCGCGGCAUGUACGAUGCCAUCAUCCAUGUGGGUGACUUCGCCUACGACAUGAACACGAAGAAUGCGCGCGUGGGGGAUGAGUUUAUGCGGCAGAUCGAAACAGUGGCUGCCUACCUGCCAUACAUGGUGGUUCCCGGCAAUCACGAGGAGAAGUUCAACUUCUCGAACUAUCGUGCCCGCUUCAGCAUGCCGGGAGGCACGGAGAACCUGUUCUACAGCUUCGAUCUGGGACCCGUGCACUUUGUGGCUAUCAGCACGGAGGUCUACUACUUUCUCAACUACGGUCUAAAGCCGCUGGUAUUCCAGUUUGACUGGCUGCUUGCGGAUCUGGCCAAGGCCAAUCUGCCAGAGAAUCGGAGUAAGCGCCCGUGGAUCAUCCUAUACGGCCACCGACCCAUGUACUGCAGCAACGAGAACGACAACGACUGCACCCACUCCGAGACUCUCACGCGGGUCGGCUGGCCCUUCGUACACAUGUUUGGAUUGGAGCCACUGCUGUACGAGUUUGGCGUGGACGUGGCCAUCUGGGCGCACGAGCACUCCUACGAGAGACUCUGGCCCAUUUACGAUUACGAGGUGCGCAAUGGAACGCUGAAGGACUCGCCGUACGAAGAUCCCGGUGCCCCUGUGCACAUCGUCACGGGAUCAGCCGGCUGCAAGGAGGGAAGGGAACCGUUCAAGGGCAAAAUACCCGAGUGGAGCGCAUUUCACAGCCAGGACUACGGCUACACACGGCUCAAGGCCCACAAUCGCACACAUAUCCACUUCGAGCAGGUGUCGGACGACAAGGACGGCGCCAUCAUCGAUGACUUUUGGUUGGUGAAAUCCAAACACGGAAGCUACCGAAAUUGAAUGAUCAUUCCAUACCUGAACCGAAUCAAUUCAAGCUAAAGGAGUCUCCAGGCAUUACACGCAUCAAUAGCAACAGGCAGUAUUAGUAGCGCACAUUCGCCUCGACCUGAUUCGAUCACAAACUAUAGCAAUAAGCGUGGCAAAUUCCUUAUAUCUAUUCCAAAUAUCUCAACCCAGCCCGGAACAAACUACAGUUUUAUACUUAGCCAAUUUUACAAGCGCAGCAUUUACACACGUGCAAGCACUUUCGAAAGCAUUUAACAUUAGCUGAUGAAAACUAAAAUUAACUUAGUUUCUUAUCUCUCUCGUAUGCUACUUUAUGUACAACAACUGGUACUCGGUCUCUGCUGUUUUAGGUAAUGUUUUAAUGUGUAUGGGAUGUGUUUGAUAUACUGUACUUCUUAGGAACUAUGUCUACGCACCAAGGGCUAUGCACCCGAUCAGUUUUUAUUCUCCAUAAGUACAUGUAAUCCGAGUACCGGGUGUGUUAUAGUCAGGGCAAUACGACUGUACAUUGAUUGUUGUUUAAACACCAAGUAUAUUUACAAUAAAUGUCUUGAACGUA